CUAAGCGGACAGGCGCUAAUAUUUUUAGCAGCGGACUUCUCCCAUAAAAAUACAUUCAAAAUGGUGGACCGUUAGCACGAAUGUUGUCGAUUCAGUUUACUGUGUUUCAGUCUGCUAAAAUGACAGAAUCAAGCAAAAGUUUCAUUCAGGGAACAUGCAUGCACAUGUGUCCUCAACGGGAAAUUGCGUCUCGCGAGAAGCAGCGGAGACUGCACUUCUUUGAGACACUUGCCUUCACUUGUCCAACGUCAAACAGCUCUUCCCAACAAGACAAACUGAAAGCAGAUUCGCAGGCAGUGGUUAAAGAGUUUUCACGAUCUGCAGCUGGAAAAUCCAUUGAUCCCUCGGACCUCCGACCAGCUAAUGUGCUUUUAAGGACGAUGAAUUACUUGAUUGAAGAAAUUACGUCCAAAAAUUCAGUCUAUCCAUGGCAAAUGAUUUACUGGUUUGUGUUUGAUAGAAUAAGAGCUGUGAGACAAGACUUGGUAGUACAAAGAAUCACUGGAAAGCCCGUCGUGGAAAUCUUCGAGAAAGCUUGCAGGUUUCACAUUUUAUCCGGCUACAGGCUGUGCGAGAGUCCAGUGGAUGUAUUUGAUCCAAAAAUCAACAAUGAUCAUACAACGGAAUGUUUGAAGAGACUUCUGUGCUUUUAUGAAACAGAAUGGCCUUCUGAAUACAAAGAAACAAGGGCCGAGUUUGAAGUGUAUUACCUUUUACAUAAUCUGGGUUCUUUUGAGGCUUUAAAUCGUGCAGUAACUCUGCCUGAAGAAAUCAAGAACAGCUUCCUAUUUCGGUUAGCUUUGGACAUCUCUUUCACUUUCAUGCUUAAAAACUUUGUUCGGUUUUUUCGGUUGGUCAAGAAGCUGCCAUAUUUAGCAUGCUGUGCCGUUCAUAAACACUUCAACCAAAUGAGAGGCAGCGCUCUUGCUUCUGUCAACACAGCGUAUUUCAGUCGUAAUGCUUGCCUUCCAAUGAUGUUAUUGGUGGAAAUAUUGAAUUUCAAUAACGUGCAAGAGGCUUGCGAUUUUUGUGCUCAUUUUGGGCUUGAAGUAACUGACGUCUCCGUGAAACUGAUGAAGGGCAACCUAAACAACACUCAGCCACCACGAGUAAGAUUUUCCAACAUGAUAGAUUUGAAACUGACCAUAAAUACCACUGACAUGAUCAGUGGGAGAUGUUCUGUUACUGGGGCGCUCGUCAAAAGUUCAGCUGGUGCAUCACUUUCUCGAGCAUCUGCGCCAGCGGCUGGCGGCAAUAACUCUGAGCCUGGUGAAUCCAGUUUCAAUUCACAGCCAAUAUCUAAUGCUCUGCAGUUAACUGAGAGGCAAAGCUGGUUUGGCAAGGGAAGGGGAAGAGGAAGAGGAAGAGGAAGAAAGACAAUACAGUAGUCAUUCAGUUUGCUGUCCAAAUGGGUCAGAACCUAGGGGUACUCUGUAAACUUUCACACAGGGAGGCUCCUCUUGGUGGAUCAACCUCUAACCCUUUCACGUACCUAAUUGUGCCGAAAUGGCGACCCUCUUGCCCUCAAGAAAAAAGAUAUCCAGUCUUUUCUCGCACCUCAAAAAAACCCUUUCUAUUACUAGGAUUUCAAUAGUUGUUACCAUUUCGGUGAAAAGUCUAGUUGUGACAACUAUGCUUGAAUAUUGCGAAGAAUCAAAGUUAACGAAAGUGCAAGGUGUAAGGAAUUUGUUACGGCAAUAGUAAAUAAAAUAUGACACAGCCCUUAGCAUCAUCACGGGUAUCUUGAAGAAAUCCUAUACUAUGUAAGGGAGAGGGUAAUGCUAACGAAGGUCGUCCCGAAAAUUCCGGGAAUAACGC